UCUGUCCUGUCUGAGAUCCCUCAUCUUUCCAUAAUGAGCCUUAGUUAAUUAGUUAAUUAUUAACUCCUGGAAAUGUAAAGGCCUUAGAAAAUUCAGUAGAACAGCAGAGUCUGAGUGGGAAUCGUUUCUCUUCUGCAGCAGCUGCCAUGGCCAAACUAGUGGAAUGUGUCCCAAAUUUUUCAGAGGGGAAAAGCAAAGAGGUCAUUGAUGCUUUGGCUGCAGCAAUUUCUCAGACUGAGGGCUGUCGUCUGCUUGAUGUGGAUCCUGGACCUUCCACCAAUCGCACUGUCUUCACUUUUGUUGGGUCUCCAGAGGCUGUUAUUGAUGGAGCCCUGAGUGCUGCGAGGGUGGCUUACCAGCUGAUAGACAUGAGCAAGCACAAAGGAGAGCACCCUCGUAUGGGUGCACUAGACGUUUGCCCCUUUAUUCCAGUUCGAAAUGUGACAAUGGAAGAGUGUGUGAACUGUGCCAAUCGCUUUGCAGAGAGAUUGACAAAGGAGCUGAAAGUUCCCGUGUAUCUUUAUGGAGAAGCAGCUCGGAGUGAGAGCCGCAGGUCUCUACCUGCUGUGCGUGCUGGAGAGUAUGAAGCGCUACCUACCAAGCUGCAGACACCUGAGUGGGCUCCAGACUAUGGGGCCCCUGUUUUUGUCCCCAAUUGGGGGGCAACAGUGAGUGGUGCACGUAAGUUCCUGAUAGCGUAUAAUGUCAAUCUGCUGAGUACCAAGGAACUCGCUCAUCGCAUCGCCCUAAAUGUUAGGGAGGGAGGCCGAGGGCAAGGACAGCCUGGUCGUCUUAAGAAGGUCCAGGCUCUUGGAUGGUUUUUACAGGAGGAAAAUUUGGCCCAGGUCUCUGCAAAUCUGUUGGAUUAUGAAGUGACCCCUCUUCAUAUGGUAUAUGAAGAAGUGCGCACAGAUGCCAAGGAGAUGAAACUUCCUGUACUUGGCUCCCAGUUGGUGGGUCUUAUCCCCCUUCAAGCGCUACUGGAUUCAGCAGAGUAUUAUAUAAAGAAGGAAAAUCUGUUUGUAUUAGAAGAGGAGCACAAAAUUCGACUGGUCAUUAACCGGCUUGGCUUGGACUCUCUGGCUCCAUUUGAACCUCGGAAAAGAAUCAUUGAGUACCUGGUGGAGGAUGACCAGCCUGAGAAGACUCUUGUGAUGCAGACCUUGCGAAGUUUUGUGCGCAGUGUAGGCACUCGAUCUGCCACGCCUGGGGGUGGAUCUGUGUCUGCAGCUGUAUCUGCAAUGGGUGCUGCACUAGGCUGCAUGGUGGGCCAGAUGACUUAUGGAAAGCGCCAGUUUGAGUCUUUGGAUGGGGUCAUGCGACAGUUAAUUCCUCCUUUUCAUCAUACAGCAGAGCAGCUGCUUUCUAUGGUGGAUUCUGACUCAAGAGCAUUUGAAAGCUACAUGGCUGCUCUAAAGCUCCCGAAAGACACUGCAGAAAAGCAAGAAAAACGCAAUUUAGCUCUGCAGGAGGGUCUCAAAGAAGCCGUUGGGGUGCCACUGAGUCUGGCUGAAAAAGUGAACACGUUGUGGAGUCCUAUGCUGGAGCUGUCUAAACAUGGAAACAUUGCAUGUAACUCAGAUAUUCAGGUGGCUGCAAAAGCAUUAGAAACUGGAGUGUUUGGAGCAUAUUUUAAUGUCCUGAUCAAUCUGAAGGAGAUAAAGGAUGAGACCUUCAGGAAGCAGACUCAAGAGCACGUUUCUUGCCUGUUGGAUGAAGCCAAGAGAAGUGCAGAGGCCGUGCUGCAAGUGUGUGAGGGACGAAAGUGACUGUGUCAAAUCUGUCAACAAGAUGUCAAUAAUAAAAAUAUUGCUGCACUCA